GACAAAGUGAUGGGACUUAAAUGACUAUUUCUGGAAGUUUGGGGGUACAACUCACAUGUUACUGGUUGCACUCCUUCACCCUCUUAUUUUCCCGCCAAAACUAGAGAGUUAACCUAAAGCGAGCGAAGGAGAGAGAGAGAGAGAGAGCGCAGAGAAUCAAAAUGGCUCCGGUGGCUGAUAUACCAUCCUCGCCGUCGAUUCCCAUAGCAGAAAGCAACCUACAGCCUUUCUUCAUUCUUCACAAGGCCUCUCCGCGCAAACCCGCCGCAAAAACCCGACGGAAAAUCGAUCUAUCGCCCAGAACCGCCGAUGGGUCUACAGAAGAACAUAUUGAUAACUUGCGAUUUGAAACCUUCAAAUUUCUUUCGUCCAACACCGAGUCAGUUAUUAAGGAUGUUUUGAAAAAUCUAAACGUCAAUGUGUUUGAUGAAAUUGAUAAAUGGGUUCAUAUAUCAUUCGAUGCCAUUCGUGCCUGCAAAACUCUUGAUUCCGCAAGUUCCACACGCCCGUACCCGAUUCUAGAUAAUGCAUCAAUUGCUGUACCAGGUGCAUCCAGACAAAUUUUCACGGGAUUGCUUUUCACAAAAAACAUGGAAUUUGUUGAUGAUAUAUUGACAUUUUCGGACCUUGGUGAACAUUUGAAAUCCCGGGGAUGUUAUGUAGCCAAUUUUUCAUCCUUGGACUUUUCUGCAAAGAAUGGAGUAGGUGGUUGUCUUAAAACUUUGUUGAGACAGUUUCUGAUGGUCGACAUUGAUGCUCCUGAAAUGUCCAUCUUGGCAUCAUGGUAUACUGAAAAAGGGAACAAUGAGAACCCACUCGUUCUGAUAAUUGAAGACGUGGAAAGAUGCUAUGGUCCUGUCUUGAAUGAUUUCAUUAUUAUGCUGAGGGAAUGGGUAAUAAAAAUUCCAAUAAUUUUGAUACUGGGCGUGGCGACGACUGUUGAUUCUCUAAGAAGCACUCUAACCUCGAAUGGUUUCUUGUAUCUAUCUGUCUGUGAAUUCACCUUGGGAACCCCAGCUGAAAGGAUGGAUGCUGUCAUCGAGGCUGUUCUUCUGAAAAGAUGUCAACGCUUCAGUGUUGGUAAACAGGUGUCAACUUUCCUCAGAAAUUACUUCUUAAGACAUGAUGGAACUUUAACAUUAUUUCUUAGAGCUUUAAAGAUUGCUAUGGUCCAACAUGUUUGUGCGGCUCCUUUUUUAAGAUGCACUUUUCGGAAAUUAGUUGAUGAAGAUUUUGACGACAACAGUAUUUUACUCACAGAAACUUUCCUCAAGCAGGCUCGUGAUAUUCCAUCUUUUCAAAGGUACUGUCAACGUAGCGCUAACUCUGCCAACUGGGCAAAUGGCUUGUCGGAUAUGAAAAGACUCCGAAAGCUAUGGAGCUCUACGGUUAUGUGCCUGUAUGAAGUUGGAAAGUACCGCAAAACUACCCUGUUAGAUUUAUACUGUGAGGUACUUGAACCUGGGCCAGACAACUCUAAUUCACCUGAUCACAUGCAAUUGCCAAAGCAUAAUACCAUGUCGCUACAUAAUCAUGAUUCUAUUGGCUGCCCGAAAAAGGAAGGUUAUGUUGGUUGGGCAAUACAGAGAGUCAGAGAUUUGCCAGUUGUGGAGCUGUGCAAGUUGCUCAACAGGUGGGAAAUGCUUACCAGAGGCAUAAAAGAGAUUCAUGAAAAAGUAAAGGAGCUACAUUCCCUGACAACAUUUGAGGCGAAUCAUCCAAAACUUGAUCAAACAGAGACACCCAGGAGGCAGGCAGCAGCAAGGAAUAAAGUAAAUGAGAAAACAGAUAAAGCCACAGUCAAUGAGAAAGUUGCCACAUUUCUACAAUGUAUUGUCGGGGAAUAUAUCCAGCCCAUUGAGUCUAUACCGUUUAAUGAAAUAGUCUUCUUCGACGAUGCCGAAAAACUUCAAACAGCAUUGAUCGGAGACCCGAGAAGAAGAAUCCAGGUUGACCUUUUAGAGUCCAACAAAUUCCUCAAGUGCUCUUGCUGCAGCAAGAACAGUGGCAUGCCAGUCCCGUCCAUGCAUAAUACCUCUAUAAUGUAUUCACUGGCUCAAGAGCACGGUGACCUCAUCAAUCUUCAUGAAUGGUAUCACUCUUUCAAAUCAAUUGUUACCGGAACACGUGUACAAGUACAAAAACCGAAGAAGAGAUUGAAAUCAUCACCAUCACCAUCACCGAAGAAACCGAAAGAUUCUAACGAACAAACUAAGAACAGAAGCGAUGCCGAUAUUCAAGCUGAAUUUUGCAGGGCAGUGAUAGAGCUACAGAUGACAGGGUUGCUUCGGAUGCCCAGCAAAAGGAGACCUGAUUAUGUGCAGAGAGUGGCUUUUGGACUUUGACACUUACACCAGGUUUUUUUAUUUAUCUUUUCCUCUACACUUUUUUCACUAAUAUCAACUGUAAUGAAUUAAUUAUGAAUGUUGUUUUUAUAUGAUGUUGUUGUAAUAAAAACAUGAAAUAUAUAAAAUAAAGGAAGAAAGAAGAAAAUCCUAAA